CAACAACAAGGGUUACCUAGGAAACGUGAUUUAUUUACUCGGCAUUUUUGUUACCUAGCAACAAUAUAAACAAUCUGAGUGAGCAGUUGAAACUAUGGUUUCAAAAUAGUUGAUCAUUGCAUUGUCAGACAGCGAAGGUGAAACAUUACAAGAAGUCAAGUUGUCAAAGUGUGAAUUAAUUAACGAAGACUACAUCGAUAAAAGAAACAAACGAGUGUUGCUGAAAAACGUUAAUCCUCUACGCAAAUGGACCCAUUUGAAGUAACAAGUAUUUGUCUCGUGAGGGAAAUGAAAGAAAUCUUCAAAACUCUGACUGGGAGUAUCAGAGCAUUAAACGAGAAGUGUAUAAAGCUGGAAAAACAGAUCGGGAUAUUCCGUGCAGACAGGACUGAGCUGCAGAAUCAACUCAAUUACGAAGGAUUUCUGGUGCAGCAACAUGAAUUCAGUCUUCAUGAUAUGAUAGAAGAACAAAAUAAACUUCAAGAGCACAUGUCUCAUCUUUUUCAGCAGGUCACGGAACUCCACGCAGAGAAUGUCCAGAUGUGCCCCAGACCCCUCUUCCAGUCACCUUCAGUAAUUGUUCGUUACUUCUGUAUUUUGGAUGACUUUGGCUGUUGGAGAUGGGAAGGCAGGGGGAAAUCGGAAAACUAUGAAUAUAAUUGUAACAAGAAUUCCCCAGAUUUAACCCACUCAUAAUUUCUCGAAAAAAUA